AUGGCUAACUACCAAAUCACACUCUCAGAUGAGUCCAAGGAGACCAUCAACAAGGUCUUGGACUACUCCAGAACCGUUGCUCACUACGGCUUCAUCCCAUUUAUCUUGUACUUGGGCUGGAAGGGCUCUACUCACAAGCCUAACUUGUUCAACUUGUUGAGCCCUGUUCCAUCCCAAUGGUCGAGACGCCAAGUCGAGGUUGUAUCUGGCUUAGUAGCGGGUUUCAGCACUACGCUAGCUACUCAUCCUUUGGACCUUAUUAAAAUCAGGCUCCAGCUUGCGGAGAAACUGUCUUCGAAACCCUUCGAACUCAUAUCCAAGGUAUACCAUGAUAUACAAAACCUGGCCAACAAAGCCUACUUAGCUGGUGGGAAGAAACACCCAAAAGCAUUCUACACUUUGCAACAGUACUACAGAGGUGUGGGCCCUAAUUUCGUGGGCAACAUUUCUGCAUGGGCCAUGUACUUUGGCCUUUACGCAGAGUUCAAAGAAUUGGUAUCCACAGACCUGUCGCCCAAUUACUUUGCUGCAUCGUCAUUGGCGGGCAUAUCGACUGCACUUUUAACAAACCCAAUUUGGGUCCUCAAGACUCGUAUUUUGAGUACUCCAAAAACGAAAACCUCAUACUCAUCACUUUGGGACGGCGUCAGAAAGAUCUACAUCAACGAGGGAGUACGUACGUUCUGGAAAGGUACAAUCCCAAGCUUGUUUUCUGUCUUCCAAGGCAGCUUGCAAUUCACAUUCUAUGAUCAUGCAAAACUAUACCUUGCAAGGCGCCAGGACAAGGAGCUCUCCAACUACCAGUACACUGGUAUCUCAAUCAUGGCACGAACGCUAAGCAUGGUCAUUGUCUACCCGACGCAGGUGAUCAAGUCGAGGCUCCAAAGCUACAAUUUUGGCAACGAAGAGCGGACAAUUAUUUCCCUGCUUCGUCAAAUCAAGAACCUGGGAGGCGGUAUCCGAACUCUAUAUCAAGGUCUCAGUGCCAAUUUGGUGAGGGUAUUGCCGUCUACUGCUGUCAUGUUCUUAUCCUACGAGACCACAAAGAAGUACAUGAGCCACUCCGAUUAA